CCGCGCCCGGCCCUGCACUGUACUAGUGGCUGCUGGUGUAACGACAGACAUGACCUAAGAGUUCACACUGUCCCACGAGGAUACGCUGCACGGGGCGGCGGCGGGAGUCCUUGGCGCCCCGCUGCCGGGCCAGGGCCAGGCCAGGCGGCGGCCACGCUGACCUUCGCCUGCACCGCCGCGGGUUGUGUUCCAGGGCGUGUGUUGGGCCUGAACAGCUCAUGUGUCAUAUAGUAGAGCUGCACAAGGGUUGCCAGAGAGGCCUAUAAUAUGUCAGGUUAGGUAAACAUUGAUUUCAAAGAAACAAACAAACAAACAUGAAAGUUACAAGGAUUGGUAAGGAUCCUCUACAAGUCUGAGCAGGAUGUUGGAUUAUCCCAAGGCUUGGCUGUGGGUGUGACGCCCAGAGUAUUGUCAAGGGUACUUGAAAGUUGCAAUGCAAACAUUGUUAACAAGUCACAUCAUAGAUACUUUUAUAAUCCUGCCCUCAGUUGCAACAGACACCAACACUUCACAUCACCUGCCGGGCCAGUCUGACCAUAAUAUAGCAGCUGACGACAUUCCCCCAGGGGUGAACAUUCUGACACACCGGCAUUUUUAUCUUGUUUACCUUGAGGUAUUGUUGCCUCAGUAGGAUGUACCAAACCUCAUGUGUUUGAUGGGUAUUUCCCAUUAUCUUGCAGAUUUUCAAGGAGAAAGGACCCAUAGUGAUCAGUUCAGAUUUUGCUGGCAUUCACUAGUGACGCAGUUUCUUGAUAAGGACAGUGUUAGUUUUGCAGGUGAUCAUGUCUGAGCCUGAAGGAGCGGUGGGGGUGGAGGAGGUGCCAGCCCCGGUGAGUGAGGGAACGCAGCCGCAGACCAAGAAGCGCAGAGCCUCGGAGAAUGGCCUCCACACCCUCAAGAAGAAUGGAUCAGUGGAUAAGAAGAGUGUGGAUGAGAGCUAUUUUGCGUCUUACUCUGACAUUGAGCUGCACCGCACUAUGAUUGAGGACAGUGUGCGCACCAAUGCUUACCAGCAGGCAAUAUUCCAGAACAUGGAGGAACAUAUCCGUGACAAAGUGGUGGUUGAUGUGGGCUGCGGCACGGGCAUCCUCAGUAUGUUCUGUGCUCAGGCUGGGGCAAAAAAGGUGUAUGCCAUUGAUGCCUCAAAGAUUGCAAUCCAUGCCAAGCAACUCAUAGAAGCAAAUGGUUUCAGUAAUAUUAUCACAGUGCUUCAGGGAAAGGCAGAGGAAGUGGAGCUUCCAGAGAAAGUUGACGUGAUUGUCAGUGAAUGGAUGGGCUACAUGCUUCUGUAUGAGACCAUGCUGCCUUCUGUCCUCUACGUGCGGGACAAAUGGUUGAAGCCGGGCGGCAAGAUGUACCCAGAGCGGGCUGUUUUGCACAUGGCUCUUGGAGAGGCUCAGUGGAUCACCAAGUAUGAGGAGGGAACCUACGACUUCUGGGUCUCCCUCAACCAUGUGUACAACCUGGACAUGUCCCUGCUGGCUGACCAUGCUGUUUCUCGCUACAAAGAUGUGGUUCAUGUUCAUAUGGUGGCUCAGGAGGAUGUCCUCAGUUUCCCAACACCCAUUUGUGACCUUGACCUGAACACCAUCACUCCUGAAGAUCUGCGCACCAUUUCACGUCAGUUCUCCCUCUACAGCAUGGGGUCUCGACAGCUCAAUAGCAUUGUAUUAUGGUUUGAUGUGUGGUUCCCUGGUGGUCUGAAACUCUCUACCUCACCAGAUAAUGAGGACACACAUUGGCAGAACACUGUAUUGCCCCUGGCCACAGUGCCCCUUCAGCAGGACACUAAGGUGGAAGGAGAGCUCACCAUAACCCAGGACCUCACAAAUCACCGCUUUCUCAAUGUGGAUCUCACUUAUCAGGUGGACAAAGGUGAGGAGGUCAGUCGCUGCUUCAAGAUGGAUGACAAUUGUAAUGAUAAUGACUUUUGAGUGCAGGCUAAUUGGCUCUCCCCAACUGUAGCAUAUCAUGCAAUAGAUAAGCCAGACCAGGUUGAGGAGGUCAUGAUUAAUUGCCGGUGGAAGGGAAGAAGUACACCCCAAGGUUGGGGGGCCCAGGAGGACUCAGAGGUCUUAGAAGCUCUCUGUGAAAUACAGAUUUAAACCCGGUAGCUUAAAGUCUCUGCCUUUCGAAGUCUGCCAUAUUGAAAUUGCCAUUUAAUCAAUUUUUCUCCAUCUGCUCGAGGCACACAUACUAUGAAAUUAGUGGAAGGCUUUGGGCACCAGUAACAGAAAUAUCCGAUCUCGCUUCCAAAGACUUUGUACUUAUAAAAUGUUCUGUGAUUCCUGCCUUUUUAAGGUAAGUUCAGGUGUUACAGAUGUCUUGUGGUCUUUCACUGCAGUACAACACUUGUUUUGCAAGAAAUAUCUUGACCAGUCAGCUAACAUACGUAUACAAAAGUCAAGGGGGUUAAGUUUUAAGUACAAAUCACUCGUAUCACAUGAAAUGCCUUAAACUUGCCUCUUUCAGUUCUUGUAAUGAUAUGUGUCUGUUUUAGCUGAUAACUUAUGAUCUUGACUCAAAUGUAGCCACUUUGCCGUCCAUACAUGUUGAAACAUCAGAGUUGAUAAGUAGUGGAUGGAGCAGCAAGUAGUGGGCAGAUCCAACAACUUGAUGUGAACACAAAACUGCUACCUCAAAACUGUGAAGCAGAUGAUGUAGAACAACUUUUCUUACUCAAAGGCGCACAAUUAUAUAACUUUGAAGACAAUAGUUUACAAAGGAAUAUAUUGAAGUCAAAUAUUUGUAAUACAAUAUCAGUCUACAUGUUUAAAAUAAAUCUUAAAUGAUUGCUCCUCCAUUGUGUUCAAGUGUUGCAUAGUUUGCAGUCGUGUGGGACUAUUAUGAAUAUAAAAUGAGUAACUAUUAAAACUCUUACAGCAACAGCUGUACAGUGUGUGUGUGUGUGUAUGUAUGUGUGUGUGUGUGUGUAACCCAGUACGGUACAUUGUAUAUAUAGGCAGUGGUAAAUGUGAGUUUUUGAAUACCUUGCAUUUGUGAUAAUGUUGAUACUGUAAUAUGGUUUCACUUGGUGAUCUCAGGGCCAUACAGAUACGUCAUGAUUAAUGUCUAGAAACGUGCAUAACAUUUAUGCAGUCCCUUUAUUUAAAUUGUAUGCAGCAUUUGAUCCUGCUACAGCUGAGUUUUCAAAACCUUGGUGAAAUUUUUUUAACAUUUAGUACCAGAGAAUCUCCAUGUUUUUAGCAUGUUAGAGUUUUGAAUGCAUUGUUAUGUACUUGUAGAACUUGCCCAAUAUCAAAGUCUAAAUUACAAUAUUUCGUUUUAAAAUGAUCACUUGCAAUAUUGCCACAGUAGAAUGUUGUUGCACUGAAGUACUACAGCCUAUCUCCUGGCUACAGCAGGGUCAAACAUUGAUAAGAAUAUUUCCAUGUUGUGUGAUGAGAGUGUCUAGGUGGCAGUACUUUUGUGACCAGUGAUGAGGAUAUCCUUUUAGUUUUCAUGAUUGUGUACUGGAGCAUUUUCAGGCUUGAUUUCAACAGACAAGACAUCUAUCACAUAGUGAAGUAGUACUUGUCUUUCAGUAAUCACUGAAACUUUUCAUACCAUGGAGAAGAUUAUUUGCAGUCAGUUACCUUUUUUUUUCUGUAUGUUUAAUGCAAUAAGGAAAAUGCAUGGUUGUAGUAACAAAAAUGUGAAGUUUUACAUUUUACAAAAUUAGUUUGGUGAACAUUCAGUAAGGAAGCAUGUUCAUUAAAGUUUUUUUUAAGAAUUAAUUUGUAGAAGUGUAAUUAGAUUUCAAAAUUAUUGAUGUUUAAGCUCUGUAGCUUCAGAGUAUUUUAUAUACUGUUUUAUCUGAUUAGCAGUUUCAUUGUUCAGUGACUGCUUUCUUUUUCCAACAACCAGCAUUCUUUAAAUCUAUAGUGUAACCUUGGUUAUCAAACUUAAUUCGUUCCUAAAGGCUGUUCUGAAACCGAUUUGUUCAAAAACUGAAGCCACUUUCCCUGCAAGAAUUAAUGUGAAAUAGAUUAAUCUGUUCCUGAACCCCAGAUGACGGCUUAUUUAAACCUUUAUAACAGUACUUCAUGCAUAAAUUUGUAUUUGUAUGUUUGUAAAGUAGACUGUAAGCCUACAAACUGGUCAAGUAGCAACUGUAGCAUGAGCAGUGUUUACAUCGUGAGCUCCACAGACAAUUGAGGGGGAAGUGUGGGUGGGCUGGGGUCACCAUUAUCAGAUUGUCGUACUUAGCAUAUAUUUUCAAGAUUCUGACCCACAGCACUUGCAAAAAACAUCAGUACUUAACUGUUUUAACAAUAACUUUAAUUGAAUGUCAUUAGUUGCAUGGGUACAGCAGUUUAGGGUUUGAAACUUAUAACUGCAAUGUUCUGAUUAUGACAAUCUGGUAACGCUGACUGGGGUAAGGCAAGCGCCGUGCGAACACAUUCCUGUGACAUGAACGCCAUUUUCAUGUUGGCUAUGAUUUCUUUUUUCUGCACUGUAUUGGUAUCAAUUUGUGACUAUUGUAAGCAGAAGUAUACUAAAAUGAAGGUUGAUCUUGUUAGGGUAUCAUCAGAAGCACCUUAAUCCUUCCAGCUAUCAUUGCUGAGCAGUGAGGAGUUGAAGCCAAAUAAGUGGGAGUAAAUGUU